AUGAAACUAUUACCUGAAGGACAAUUAAAGUUCUGUGUCCAUUCACUGCAUCUCACCUCAUGGCUGCUCACCUAUUUCUUUCUGAAGUCUACCUCUUCUCUAAAACCUGCCCGGCUUCCAAUUUAUCAAAGGAAACCUUUUGUAGCUGCUUGGAAUGCUCCAAUCGAUAAGUGUUGGAUAAAAUAUAAUAUAAGGCUAAAUUUGAAAAUGUUUCAAAUGAUCGGAAGCCCAUUUGCCAGAGCCAGGGGGCAAAACGUCACUAUAUUUUAUGUGGACAGAUUGGGAUACUACCCCUGGUACACACCCCAGGGGGCUCCCAUCAAUGGGGGUUUGCCCCAGAACACAAGUCUGCAAGUUCAUCUACAAAAAGUUGACCAAGAUAUUAAUUAUUAUAUCCCCGCUAAAGAUUUUAGUGGACUCGCUGUUAUAGACUGGGAACACUGGCGACCUCAGUGGACCCGGAACUGGGGCGAAAAAAAUGUCUACAGACAGAAGUCAAGAAAGCUCGUUUCUGAUAGGCUGCAGAAUGUAUCUGCUGCUGACAUUGAAGCUCUAGCUAAAGCAGCCUUUGAACAGAGUGCAAACGCUUUCAUGAAGGAAACCAUCGAACUGGGGCUGAAGAGCAGACCCCAUGGUCUCUGGGGUUAUUAUUUAUAUCCUGAUUGCCACAAUUACAAUGUUUAUGCCCCCAACUAUACGGGGUCAUGCCCAGAGAAGGAGGUGUUGAGGAACAAUGAGCUCGCCUGGCUUUGGAACAGCAGUGCAGCUCUGUAUCCUGCCAUCGGCGUCAGGAAAUCUCUCGGGGACAGUGAGAACAUUUUGCACUUCUCACAAUUUCGGGUGCACGAAUCCAUGAGGAUCUCUGCCAUGACGUCCCGUGACUAUGCUCUGCCUGUGUUCGUCUACACAAGGCUGGACUACAGAGACGAACCUUUAUUCUUUCUUUCCAAGCAAGAUCUAAUCAGGACCAUUGGAGAAAGUGCUGCCUUGGGAGCUGCAGGCAUUGUUAUUUGGGGAGACAUGAAUUUAACUUCAUCCAAGGGCAACUGUACACAGGUGAAGCGGUUUGUGAGUUCCGAUUUAGGGAGCUACAUCGUCAACGUGACCAGAGCCGCUGAGAUGUGCAGCCUUCGCCUCUGCAGGAAUAACGGGAGGUGCGUCCGGAAGGCGUGGAAAGCUCCGCAUUACCUCCACUUGAACCCUGCAAGUUACCACAUAGAGGCCUCUGAGGACGGAGAAUUUAAUGUGAAAGGAGAAGCAUCCGAUGCAGACCUGGCAGGGAUGGCGGAGAAGUUUUCCUGUCAUUGUUAUCAGGGCUACGAAGGGGCUGACUGCAGAGACGUGGAGACUGCUGAUACCUGCCCCGGGGUUUCCCCUUCCCCUGGCUCACUGGGGACGCUGUGUCUGCUGGUUUUAGCAGGCUAUUCGAGCAUCUCAUUGUGA